AUUGCAGUUUGUUGUCUUCCAUAACAUGAUUGAUUACUAGGGGCAUGAAAUACUCAGGCUGCAGGCUUAAAGCAAGCAAAAGGACUUGUCUCAGAUGCUAAGGUUGGCAGCUGGCAGCUCUACGUACUGUUGUCCUUAGCUGUGAUGGUUUGAAGACACAAGACAGGCGAGGCUUGCAGGGGUGGCAUUCCCUGGGGAUGCCACUGAAAACACGAGGUGCUCCUGUGUCUGAACCCUGCGUCUGAAGGAGGAGCAGCAAACCAUGAACAAAGUACAGACUGGGAACAACUGCUCCGAGCGAGCUGCUGCUUUCAUACUUUUACCCACAGAUCAUCAAUCCUAUAAAAGUACACAGAGCAAGCAGAAGUCAUGUAGAUACAACCACUGCACUCUUUGCAAGUACGGGAUGUGCUUUCGGACUGAACUGCAACUUGUUUUUCAUAAUCUGGGGAAACGCUGUGCUUGGAUUUGACAGCCUACUUAAUUACUUUCCUCACAGCGCAGCGCAUGUUAGCAGCAGAGCAAAUUUUCUGGAGAAAGCUUUGAUUCUAUGUACUUAAAAGCAAGCAAACCAGCCGUCUCCCUGCCAAGAAGAGCCGGAAUUAAUUGAGAGUCAGAGCGGUCUGCAGAGCUGGAACGUAGGGUGCCUUGACCAUCUGGAGAGCGCCCUUGCAGAGCAGCGUAAUUAAGUCCCUGGACCCCUAAUUGCUGAGGCUGGCUGGCAGCACAAGGCCCAGCUGGUGCCAGCUCUGUCACGGAGCUGCUCUGGAUACGCACGCCUCGCCACGCGUGGCACAAGGAUGCCGGCACCCACCGGGACGGGCAAGGAGAUUUCUUCUGUUCCUUAAUUAAAGAACCAUCCAAAAAUUGUCAUUCCAUGGAACUGAAGUACUGGUGAAUUAGUCCGGGUUCCCUAAAGGAUUGUAAAAUGGAGCCAAUAACAUUCAAAGUUAAAAAAUGCGAAGCACCUGGGGACUUCUCAGCAAGUUUCGGCCUCCAGUUUGUUGGCUCUCUGCCAGUGCAUUCCCUAACCACCAUGUCCAUGCUGCCUUGGGUUGUGGCGGAGAUCCGGAUGCUCAGUACCAAGUCUUCCAAAGAAGACCCCGGCACUAGCCAAAUCCGGCUCUGUGUUUCACCAGCAAGUUUGCGAUGUGAGCCAGACAUGGGGAAAGACCAGCAGUGGGAUCCGUUGAUUUGCUCAAGUUUGUUUGAGUACAAGCCACAGCAGGUCCACAAGCUGAUUCACAACAGCCACGAUCCCAGCUACUUUGCCUGUCUGAUAAAGGAUGGAGCAGCAAAUCAGCAAAGCAUCUGCUAUGUGUUCAAAGCUGAUGAUCAAACAAAAGUGCCUGAGAUUAUAAGCUCGAUUCGACAAGCUGGAAAAAUUGCUCGUCAGGAAGAGUUUCAGAAUAAUCUCUCAGAUGUUGAAGACCCUUUUGCCAAAAAGUUUGAGGUGCUGUUCUGUGGACGUGUGACUGUAGCACAUAAAAACGCACCCCCAGCACUCAUAGAUGAAUGCAUUGAGAAAUUUAAUCAUGCGAGUUGUACAAAAAACUCAGACUUUAGCUCAUCGUCCCAACAAAAUGAAACUGCCAAUAACUCUGGAGGCUUCUCUUUCAGCAGCAAAUUUCGGUCUGUCUUCCAGCCCUUGAUGGGUGAAGAGGAGGAGAAGAGGCCAAUUAGGAAAUCCUUUUCUCAGCCUGGGCUUCGUUCGUUAGCUUUUAAGAAGGAUUUUCAAGAGGGAAGCCAUAGGAGUAACAGCUUUGUCAGGUCUUUCGAAGAAGAUGCAGUUUCACUGAACCUAAAAAGUCAACUUAUCUAUGGACACAGUGUUGUGCAGCCAACAGACAUUGCAGAAAACCGGACGAUGUUGUUUACGAUUGGCCAGUCUGAAGUUUACCUUAUCAGUCCUGACACUAAAAAAGUAGCAAUUGAAAAAAGCUUUAAAGAAAUAUCCUUUUGUUCUCAGGGAAUCAGACAUGUGGAUCACUUUGGAUUCAUCUGCAGAGAGUCUUCAGAAAAUGGCGGCUUCCACUUCGUUUGCUAUGUGUUUCAGUGUACAGAUGAAGCAUUGGUUGAUGAAAUCAUGAUGACAUUGAAACAGGCUUUCACUGUAGCUGCUGUGCAACAGACUUCCAAGGCCCAGCCCCAGCUCUGCGAAGGAUGUCCUAUGCAAAGCUUGCAUAAACUCUGUGAAAAGAUAGAAGGGCUAUCCCCUUUUAAGACUAAACUAGAACUACAAAAGCAUCUAACAACACUAAAUAGCCAGGAGCAAGCCUCUGUUUUUGAAGAGGUUAAGAAAUUAAGACCAAGAAAUGAUCAAAAAGAGAAUGAGUUGAUUAUCUCUAUUUUGAGAAAUAUGUAUGAAGAAAAACAGAAGGACCAUGUUCACGUUUGGGAAGCAAAACAGACUUCACAAUCCCCGGCUGAGAAUGCUGCAAAUGAGGUGCCCAGCAGUGCCUCAAGAUUCAGAUUAGAUAUGUUAAAGAACAAAGCAAAAAGAUCUCUGACAGAAUCAUUUGAAAGUAUUUUAUCACGUGGCAGUAAAGCCAGAGGUCCACUUGACAGCUCUAGUGCUGUAGAUCUGGAGAGCUCCGUGUCCAGUACCUUAGGCAGCACAAACAAAGAACCACCGUUGUGUGAAAAGGAGAGAGACAGAAUUCCUACACUUCCAACAGAGAAUGCUGUCAAGACCAGUGGAUCAGUGGGUGAUCUCUCCAGCGACCCAGAUAGUUACCCAAUUGACCAGUCUGUUACGUUACCUCAGCAAAGCUUUCGAAGGCGAGCAAACACACUGAGUCAUUUACCAUCAGAAAGCCAGGAGUCUCUGGUACCCGUUGAAACAUCGCCAUCUGUUCCCCAGAGGAAACUUAUGAGGUAUCACUCAGUGAGCACAGAGACUCCUCACAUGAGAAAUUCUUCUGGUCAACUUGCACGUUCUCCUACUCUAGCUCGUCUUAAUCCCUCGGCCUCUUCACCCAACUUUUUUAAAUAUCUAAGGCAUAAUUCAAGUGGAGAACAAAGUGGGCAUUUUGCACAAAAGAGCAUCUCCUACCGUACUGCCUUAAGGAAAAAGCUUCAUUCUUCUUCUUCUGUGCCAAAUUUCUUAAAAUUUCUGGCUCCUGUAGAUGAAAAUAACACCUCUGACUUUAGGAGCGCAACAAGUGACUACGAAUCCAAACACAGCCAGCAGGCUGUUGGUGCUGACAGCCCUGUAAGGACUCGCCGGCAUUCAUGGAGACAACAGAUAUUCCUGCGAGUGGCGACCCCUCAGAAAGCGUGUGAUUCUCCCAGUCGCUAUGAUGAUUACUCUGAACUGGGAGAACUUCCACCCAGAUCCCCUUUGGAACCAGUGUGUGAAGAUGGCCCCUUUGGUCCUGUGAAGGAAGAAAGGAAACGGACACCCCGUGAGCUUCGUGAGUUGUGGAAGAAAGCCAUUAUUCAGCAGAUACUGCUUCUCAGAAUGGAGAAAGAAAACCAAAAAUUACAAGCUUCGGAAAACAAUUUGCAGAACAGACGUCUGAAACUUGACUAUGAAGAAAUCACACCAUGCUUAAAAGAUGUGACUCUGAUUUGGGAAAAAAUGUUGAGUACACCUGGAAGGUCAAAGAUUAAAUUUGACAUGGAAAAAAUACACUCUGCUGUUGGGCAAGGAGUACCACGUCACCACCGUGGGGAGAUCUGGAAAUUUCUAGCAGAGCAGUACCAUCUUAAACAUCAUUUUCCAAAUAAACAACAACCAAAGGACACACCUUAUAAAGAACUCCUGAAACAGCUAACUUCCCAGCAACAUGCAAUACUUAUUGACCUAGGACGCACAUUUCCAACACAUCCGUACUUCUCAGCACAGCUGGGAGCUGGGCAGCUGUCCCUCUACAAUAUUUUGAAGGCCUAUUCUCUUCUGGACCAGGAAGUAGGAUACUGCCAGGGCCUUAGUUUUGUAGCAGGAGUUUUACUACUUCAUAUGAGUGAAGAAGAUGCUUUUAAAAUGCUAAAGUUUCUCAUGUUUGAUGUGGGGCUGAGAAAACAAUAUCGUCCUGAUAUGACAAUUUUACAGAUCCAGAUGUAUCAACUGUCCCGACUUCUUCAUGACUACCAUCGAGAUCUCUAUAACCACCUCGAGGAACAUGAGAUCGGCCCCAGCCUCUACGCAGCUCCCUGGUUUCUCACCAUGUUUGCUUCCCAGUUUCCCCUUGGAUUUGUAGCCAGGGUGUUUGAUAUGCUCUUCCUUCAAGGAUCAGAGGCUAUAUUUAAAGUGGCCUUAAGCCUUUUGGGAAGCCAUAAGCCCUUGAUUCUGCAGCAUGAGAACCUAGAAACUAUUGUUGAUUUUAUUAAAAACACUCUCCCCAACUUGGGUUUGGUACAGAUGGAAAAGACCAUUAGUCAGGUGUUUGAAAUGGAUAUUGCCAAGCAGUUGCAAGCUUAUGAAGUUGAAUACCACGUGCUUCAGGAUGAGCUUAUAGAUUCAUCUUUAAAUGACAAUCAGAGACUGGAUAAAUUAGAAAAGGCAAACAGUAGCUUGCGCAAACAGAACUUUGAUCUCCUGGAAGAACUGCAGGUGGCUAAUGGAAAGAUCCAAAACCUUGAAGCCACGGUAGAGCUGUUGUUGACUAAUGAAAGCAAACUGAAGGAGUCAAUUCUCACUCUUGAGCAGGAGCGAACAGCUUUGCAGAAGGCAGUGGAAGAGAUGCGGAAAAAGAUUGGUGAUACAGACAAGAAACCUCUACUCACUGGGCAAGAGCACCUGGACGCUGACUGAGAUCUGUUGUUGUAACAGAGCAGAGAAGCUGAGCAAAAAAGAAGGGAAGAACUGGUUCUUUUUGUCAUGAUUCAUGGGGAUUUGACACUGUCACCUUCAUUGUACAUGCCGUACUGUAGCAAAAAGCAAGAUACAGGUGCAGUGGCUGCCCAGAUCAGAGAAACUGGUUCCUCCGGGAGAUGGCUCUUUCUUCUUAGUAUGUAGAAAUGCUAUGAACAGUAAGAUGCCACAUCAUAAUAAGCAAGAGAAACUUAAUAGUGUGUGCAUUCAUACACAAUAUGCUGUAAAGAUGUCAUGGAUUCUUCCAUAAGUGCUUCUAAACCUAAGUGCUUUGUUUGUUACAUAUUUUGUGUGUAGAUCAACACCAUGCUAAAUAGCACAUCCUUUAGAAGCUCCUCUGAAGAAAUAUGGCAGUGUAAAACCUUUGAAUGGAUGGCUGCCUCGCUGCAGAUAUGCAGUGGUAAAAUUUGGAGAGUUUUGUGAUUGGACUUGAGGUAAUUUUGUCAGUGUACUUCCCCUGUAGCUUGACUUGGUUCUGUUGAUUAUGUUGUUUAUGCCUCAGAUAACUGUUUCCUGAUGCUUGAAGGUGUCAGUCUAUUGGACUUCAGAGAGCUGGACUUCAUCAUAUGUAACUAUGCAUAAUUAGGGGUUGCCAUCUGUUUUCAAAAGUAUGUUGUUUUAAUAUAUUUUUGUUUAACAUCCAUUAGUUUAGUGUAUUGUUACUUGGCAUUAUCUGAUAAACGUACAUAAUGUAUAUAGUAAUUGCAUUAUGCUUAACAAAAUACACUGACAUUGGUUUGGUGAAGCCUGUGACUCCUGCAACAUCAUCCAAGGUUUUAUAUUCAGACUCUUCAAGUUUCAUUUUAUUUAUUUCUGAUCUGCUGUGUAAAACAUGAUUUUGCGGGGAAGCUAAUGCCCACAAUCUCUUUUUCCUCUUUAUUUGGUACUCUAUGCCCACUCAUCCACCCUUUAAGACUUUUUUCUAAGCAUUGGAGGCAUUUCGAGAGCUUCAUGUUGUGCCAUAGAUUCUUAAACUGCUUUAUGAAGGGUAUGGCAGUUUGAAUUAGGACACCAUUCGUUUGCCUCUUUUGAGUAUGAUUACACCUGUAAAAAAACAUCAGUUUCCUUAAUACGGUGAAAGUAGUUUUCAGGCCAGUUGAAGCACCACUGCUACAAGUGCAAUAAUGUCCGUGGAUAUCCAGUUGUUUGGGUUUGCUUCAGAAUUAAAUAGCGCUGUAGUUUUGUUUUAUCCCCGAGCACAGAGUUAAUAGGCAUUAAUGUGUUGUCUUGGUGGAGAUUUACCCAGGAGAUGUGACUUUUUUUCCUUCUUAAAUUGUUAUUUUUAUUUUUAAAACUUCAAAGCACAGAGUUUUGUUUUACUUUCUGACUGGCAGUGUAAAAAAGGUUUUGUUUUGCUUUUUUCCUUUCUUCAUGGAAGUCCUUCUGAUGCAUUGUGAUUGUAGUUUAACACUCAUCUACCGUGCAAAACAAAUACCUCUAUGUAGUUCAAAAAGAAAAAGAGAAUUUACUGUUCAAUUUCUAAAUCUUUGUUUGACUCUGUCAAGUCUUAAAUACGGCUGGUUCUUGCAAAUCUACUCUGUUUUCACUUAGUAUUAAAAUUCCAGAUUAAUUAUUAUUAAUCCAUUUACCUCAAAAGCUUGCUUUUUAUUUGGAAAUCCAUACUGAAGCUCAUGCUUCAUGUUUAAAACCUUGUUAGAAUGGACCUCGUACUGUUAGAGCACUCCAUAACGUUGCGUUUUGACACCAUCGUGCCAUAAUUCGUACACUGACUUUUUAACAAGAGCAAUAAAAAUAAUAAUCUAUGCC